UUAGUAUCUUUGUGGCGUCCCCAACACAAAAAGAAGAGAGAGAGAGAGAGAGAGAGAGAGAGAGGGAGAGAGAAUGAGCGGAGCUUUCUCGGGAAGCAGAAGCAGAAGCGCUUUCAAUCCCUACCCUCGCGUCCCCACCACGACCAGAAGCACCACCAAGCUCCUCUCAUGGCGAAGCAAGGAGGCUCGGCCAGGGACGGGGCUCCGCUCCACGUCGUCGUCGUCCUCGACCUCUUCUUUUAGGGCAAAGGGGGCGGUGGAGGAGGGAGGGUUCGUGGUGGCGAAGCAGGGGAGCUUCUACGAGCUGCUGGGGAUAUCGGAGGAGGGGAGCUUCGAGGAGAUCAAGAGCGCCUACAAGCGCAUGGCGCUGCGGUACCACCCGGACGUGUCCCCCCCGGAGCGCGCCGACGAGCACACCCGCCGCUUCAUCGAGGUCCAGGAGCUCACCUGCGGCCUCCACCUCGCCUUCUCCUCCCGCCGCCCCCGCCCCUUCGACGAGGAACUCGAGGAGAGAUCAGGGUGGAAGAACCGGUGGCAGGAUCAGGUUGCAGAGCUUAAGAGGAGGAGCAUGACCAAAGAUUCUGAUGAGAACUUAUCUUGGGGAGCUCGAAUGCGUAGAAAAAGAGCUGAAUCAUGGAGUGAAUAGAUGCUAAUAUGGUGUAUGCCUUUGUUUAUUUUUCCUAGGGGUUUCGCAUAUAUAUAUAUACCUGAAAAAAACAUCAGCCUACAUAUAUACCCCUGUAAGAGAUCUGAAUUCUCGUAUAUCUCCCCUCAAAAGCGCAGUUUCUUCCAUAUAAUUUGUCUAAAGAGGGCCUAUUUGUACAAAGGGCAUAUAUGAAAAUUCAGAUUUCGCAAGGAUAUAAUAUAAAUGUUAGUAGAUUAUUUUGCAGGGUACAUAUUUGAAUAGAUAAGAGCAUUGCUCAAAAUGUCAGCCUGGGCUCAAGUUUGGUUAUAUUAAGGGCACAUUCUCUCCCUGACAUUAAAUGUACAGGUAUAAGUCAUGCUAUUUCUCAAGCUGUGGGUUGUGGAGUAAAGGAAUAGGAGAAACUAGCAAGCCAUUUGAUGUACUAGUUAUAGUUGCUGUCCAUAACUCUGAAGAGUUUACUGUACAUAACAAAGAGCAAUGUUUGUAAACACUAAAACCUUUUGUCUAUCAUUUGGGAUCUUUGGAUGUGAAUGCCAUCAUCUUUUCAUACUGAA